AGACGCAUUUGUAAUUGCUCCGUUCGUUUUGUGUGAUUAUUGUUGUCUAUCAGCGGAUUUCGGGCACUAAAUUAAUCACGAGUAUUUCGUGAAGUGCCGAGGCUUCAUGAUUGCGUUAGCACGAUCGUUCUUAUCACGUCAAUGUCGCGAGCCGGCAUCGGGGUCCCGGUUACAGUGGAAUCGAUCGAAAUCCUCCCCGCCAUAUUGCAACCUUCACGCCGGUUUUCCUACUCAAGGACGAAGGAGGUGGAUCGAUGCAGGAUCAGUCCCAGUGUGCGGUGUUUUCAGUGAAAUCGAUCGAAAUCAUCCCCACCAUAUUGCAAUCCGAUACGCUACGUUUUUCUCGUGAAAACAACAAGAAAAGAGUAUCACUGCAUAAUUGAUGCACUAUCAUCUCUAGAUAUGCAUAUCGUCUUUCCAAGGUCUAAAUAUAUGCUGAUGUCAUGUCAAGUACAGAAAACGCAAUUCAAACAGUGUGCGGUAUCAGUGAAAUCGACCGAAAUUCCUCGCUGCUAUAUCGCAAUCCAUUACGAUGUGUUUUUGCAUCGUCAAACAACAAGGAAGAUGCACGAUCGACGUACGAUUAUCCCCAGAUCUCCAGGAAGCUGAUAACUGCUGGAGUAUUGGACUGCUUUCGAGCUACACAAAGGGAAGCUGAUAACUGUUGGAGUAUCGGACUGCUUUCGAGCUACACAGAGGGUGCUAAGUUCAUGCAGUCAAAUUCGCAUGCAACUUAUCAGCAAUAAUAUCUGUAUCGAACGAAUCGUUGCUUCGUAUUUCCGAUUAUAGUUUUCUCAUUGUACAAUAUAUGCAAAAUACGCGUGCGAUUCACGCGUCGCGUUCGGGAGUGCCGUGUAAAGUUUCGGGCGAUCGUAAUUAUUCGUAUUUUCGCGUCGUAACUACUUCGAAGGACCAAGAGAGGAGGAGGAGGCCCAGGGAGGCAUCGGGCGACAUCGGGGCAACUGUGAGAUCAAGCUGUUCUGCGUUGGAUAUGCUGCGCAAAAUUUCGCGUGAGUGCAGUGUAAAGUGUCGGGCAAUCGUAAUUAUAAUUACGAUUUUUUACAUGUUGUAAGCGCCAAACGGAUCGUUGCUUCGUAUGAUUUCGCAUUCCGCAUCGCUUUUUCUCAUAAUGUACGCGAAUACGCGUGUGAUCACGCGUCGCGUCGGGAGUGCCGUAUAAAGUGUCACGCGUCGGGAGUGCCGUGUAAAAU